GCAGAGAGGUGAGGUGCUAGGUUAGGUAGGGAGGUGACUGCGCUUUGGUGAUGGUCCUGCUCUCUUGCUGAGGUCCGCCCAGGUGGACAUCAAUUGCCCAUGCUGAGUGAAGUGUCCAGGGAGGGGGCGCCUGGCCCGGAUGCAAGACCAGAGCUGGGUAAACAGACACAAUUCUAUUUCCCAGAACAGACCUUUGCGGGGAGGAGAGCAGAAUGGUACCUUUGAUGCCACGAAGUGGAGGCAUUUUCUUCCAGCCAUGAACUCCUCGUUUCAACUGCAUUUCUUGAAUCUUACCCUGAAUGUCACGGAGGACAACAUUUUAGGACCAAAUGGCAAGAACAUGUCUUCAGCCUGCGGGGACAUGGGCAUCGCUGUGGAGGUGUUCCUGACCCUGGGUCUCAUCAGCCUCUUAGAGAACAUCCUGGUCAUUGGGGCCAUAGUGAAAAACAAAAACCUGCACUCACCUAUGUACUUCUUUGUGGGCAGCUUAGCAGUUGCUGACAUGCUGGUGAGCAUGUCCAAUGCCUGGGAGACCAUCACCAUAUACUUGCUAAAUAAUAAACAUCUGGUGAUAGCAGACACCUUUGUGCGUCACAUUGACAACGUGUUUGACUCCAUGAUCUGCAUUUCAGUUGUGGCCUCCAUGUGCAGUUUGUUGGCCAUUGCAGUAGACAGGUACGUCACCAUCUUCUACGCCUUGCGCUACCACCAUAUCAUGACAGCAAGGCGAUCAGGGGUGAUUAUCGCAUGCAUAUGGACUUUCUGCAUAAGCUGUGGUAUUGUUUUCAUCAUUUACUAUGAAUCCAAAUAUGUUAUCAUUUGCCUCAUCUCCAUGUUCGUCACCAUGCUGUUCUUCAUGGUUUCUCUGUAUAUACACAUGUUCCUCUUGGCACGGAACCAUGUCAAGCGCAUAGCAGCUUCCCCCAGAUACAAUUCUGUGAGGCAAAGGACCAGCAUGAAGGGUGCCAUUACCCUCACCAUGCUACUGGGGGUUUUCAUUGUGUGCUGGUCUCCCUUCUUCCUUCACCUUAUCUUAAUGAUUUCCUGCCCUCAGAACAUCUAUUGCUCUUGCUUUAUGUCUUACUUCAACAUGUACCUUAUACUCAUCAUGUGCAAUUCUGUGAUUGAUCCUCUGAUAUAUGCCUUCCGCAGUCAAGAGAUGCGGAGGACCUUUAAAGAGAUCAUUUGUUGUCAUGGCUUCAGACUAAUUUGUAGGCUCUGUGGCAGGUAUUAAACACAUUCCCCUCUC